AUGUUGACUUAUAUCUUACAAGCUAAAGCUGAGCUACACAAUGUUGCAAAAGUGCAACCGGUUGAUGACGAAAACUAUCCUCAUGAUUUCAAGUUUAAAUUUCAAUGUAAUGGAUGCAAAACAGUGCACCCCAACCCGGUACAGAUUAAUCGAUUUGAAACAUUUCAAGUGACCGGGUUUCGCAGGUUGGGGAAUAUUUUGAUCAGAUGUAAGGCGUGCAAAAGAGAGAGGUAUGCUAUGAUUGACAAAGUUGGGGCUGGCUGUAUUUUGGGGGAAGGUGGAGGUGCUAGAACCGAUUAUUGUGACAUUUUAAAGAUUCACACCCACGGAAUGAGAAUGUUGGAAUUUAUACCUGAUGAUCAAUUUGAAUGUGUUACAACUUUAGGAGAGUUGGUCCAAGGCAUUGGACUAUUAGAUGGGGAAUGGGAGCAGACGCAAGAGUCCGGACUCGAGUUGAAAAUAGAGAAUGUCGAGUGGAAUUUGAAGUUGGUUUCUGAGAAGGAGCUAAAGUACAAAUGA